AGAAACUCUAUAUAUACACACACAGUGACACACUUGCUUAUUUUCAGAGAAGGGUUCAAACAUGCCGAGACCCCCAAACCCCAAGCGAGGGACGCACUCCAACUCUCUUCCUCAUCCACAAGAAGAAGAAUCAUGCUUGGAAGGUGAAAGCCUGGACAAUUUCCUUAGAGCUUUUGACAGAGAGAUAGAGUCUGCCAGAAGCAUGGACGGAGCUUUGCCAGACAAAAUCUGGCUUAAGCAACAGUUGGCAGUGGGGGUGAAUGAAGUUACACGAGUGCUGGAACGCAUGCCCCCAAAUGAUGAUGGUCUUAGAGUUAGCCACAACGACGACAAUAGCAAUGAUGCAGUUCAUCAUCAUCUUCAACUUCAGGCCAUACUGUUAGCAUCAGAUUGCAACCCGAAGUGGUUGACCAAGCAUCUAUUCAGCUUGGCUGCUUCCAGGAGGGUACCUAUUCUCCUCUUGAAAGAUAAGAAAAAUGGCUCUUUUAGGUUAGGGGAAGUGGUUAAACUUAAAACUGCAAUUGCUCUUGGAGUCAAGGCUAGAGGAAACGCCAUUAAUCAAUUCAUCAGCAGUCACCUUCAAAGGACCACGUAGCGUGCACGUCAAGAACUUUUUUUGCAUCUCCAUCGCUAAAUUAAUCAUCUGCCAUUGAAGCUAGAGUUACUCACACUCUAGAUAAUG